AUGCGGCGAAGCCCGGGGGUCCUCCUGGCGGGGUUGGCGCUGCUCCUGCCCGGGGGGGCCGCCUCCGGCUCCCGCUCCGGCCACUGCGGCCGCCUCGAGUUCUACGCCCCGCGGGCCCGUUGCUGUCACCUCUGCCAACACUACUUCUCGCACUUCCCCCGCCAGGGCCUUGAGUUUGCCCCCAACUGCGGGGUUCGCGACGACGGCGGCAGGGAGGAGGCCCCGCUGGCAGCCUGCAAGCCCGGCUACGAAAACCCGGACGGGGACGCGCUGUGCCACCGGAUCGGAGAGCCCCGCGCCCGCGGGCCCCCCGCGCUGCCUCGGGGCAGGCGGGCCCGGCUCUGCGCACCCCCGCAGACUUCCGGAACCCCGGUGACCAGGACAGCCAGAACUGAAACUGCGGCCCACGGCCCCACCCCUGUCCCCGGGGGGCCGACGCUGGAGAAGUCCCAUCGGGAAGAAGAGGAGGAGAAGGAGGAAGACCUAAGUAAGGAACCCCGAAGCCACCCCGCCCCUGCAUCCCCCUCCCCGACGAGACACCCCUUCCCCGCAGGCAGCGUGGCCGGGUACGUGCUGGCCGCUUCCCUGGUGCUCGGGAGCACCGUGGCACUGCUGCUGCUGCUCCACGCCUGGAGGCUCCGAGGCCAGGCCUCCUCCUCCCCCGCAGCGCCCGGCCAACCGGGCCCCACUGAGGAGUGGGUGCUGAAGCCAGCAGAGCCCACGGUCCUGCGUGCGGGCGGUGCCGGCGUCGAGCCCAGCGCGCCGCCAUCCCACCCGGGCGUCGGACCUCCUUCGCCCCCCAUCGCUCGGCCCCCACUGGCCGCUCUGCCCCUGUCGCGGCUGCUGGACCAGCUGGAGGUGCUAGAGGAGCUGGUGCUGCUGCUGGACCCGGAGCCGGGCCCGGGGGGCGGGGGCAGCGCGUGGGGCACAACACGGCACCUGGCAGCCCGCUACGGGCUCCCCGCCCCCUGGGUCACCUUCGUCUACUCGCUGCGGCCAGCCCGCUCCCCCCUGCGCGCCCUGCUCGAGACUGUAGUCGCCCGAGACCCCGCAGCCCACCUGGGCCAGCUGGCCGCCCACCUGGAGGCCCUGGGCCGGGGGGACGCGCUGCGGGCGCUGGCACGGCUGGCCUGGGGGGGGGUCGCUGGGGAGGAAGGGGCGGGGGGAGCACGCCGCCGAGCCGGGUCCAAAUAUGGGGGCUUUAUUUUCGGCCACGGGGCCCCUUAAAUAAAAAAGUGCAUAGAAAA